UUGCUUCCCUGCACACAUUUGUUACGCUCUACCUCCUUCGACACGCCCUUGCAUCCUUUCUCGAAUCACGCUCCGAAGCUCUCCAACCUUUGCCAGGGAGGACCGCCUUUGUGACUAGUUUGUGACCUUCGGCAUCAUCUGGCUAGAGGAGGGAGCUGCGACCCGCAAUGGGCCAGCAAACGUCCCCCUGGAGCUUCCAUGAUGACUAUGCUCUUGUCCAGCCGGUCGCAGGCCAAUCUGGGCACGGUCACUUCCCUCCUCAGAUACUUCUUGCCCUGAUACAAGACCCACCUAGCCCUGCCGCUCUUCAAGAGCUACUGGACUUCAUGUCUGGCUUCUUCUAUCUGCGGCUCACUCGCGCAUUCUACAUAGGCUUCGUAGUAGGUCUCUCGAUCCUAGCGGUGACGGUACUGACGGGUCUCGGCGUCUGCGCCCAUCGUCUGAAGCAGCGGAAGCUUUGGUUCCUGCGCUUUGAACGGCGGGCCAGGGGAUUGUACAUUGUUCCAAAUGCUCUCAAUGCCUUUAUGCUAUGUGAGAUCUCCUUCGGAGUAGCAUGGAUUCUCUAUGGCACGAACAUCUAUUUGGCAUAUGCUAAGAGAUAUACCUGGUUCCACACACAGUUGGAGGCUUUUGGCAUUUUCCUCUGGUUCUCUCUGUACCUCGGAGUCCUCUGCGCCGCUGUGGGUUCUUUUUUCUCGGUGCCCGGCGCACUCGACGGAGGCAGUGGAUCCGCACCGACGCUCUUCCAUCAAAUCAUGGGCCGCCCUAUGGUCAUCAACACUAUCUCAGUAGGACUCCCGGUUCUCCUGCUCUCGUUCCUGACACCGGUCUGUGUCUUAGCCCAGAAAGCUCGCACUAGGCAAUACAAUCAUUUUGGAGACUUUGCCAGUAGGAUCGAGGACACCAUCACCACCGACAGCCUGACAAGUGCCUCGGCGCUGUCGUACUUGUCCGAAGCGAGUCUGAUCUGGAGUCAGAGUGCGGAGCAGCGGUGGACCUCCAUUGGCUUCGCUGGUUGGGCCGCCUUUUAUGGUGUCUUGCUAAUUUACUAUCUGGUCACCGGCGGCUAUAUGCUGCUUGUCAUUAAGAGGCAGGUCGAUGCCUCCAAAGUGCUGGUAGACAAGGAACAGCAUUUCCAGCAGAGUCUAUUGGCUCAGUCCCAGCCCGCAGUUCCUUCUCCAGUGCCGGAAGAAGUCCCGCGCUUGGAUUGCGAUGUAGAAAGCCCGGCAACUUCCGAUUCGUCGUCGCCCUCAACACUCUAUUCUUCGCCUCAGACAGAGAAGAAGAUAAUCUCUGACUCUGAUAUAGAGGCCUCGGCCGCGGCGGUCACACUAAAAACAAGCGUUGCAAGUCCGGCGUCCAAAAGGGAGUCUUUACCGAUCCCCCAGCAGACCACACAAAGCGUUCGUCCAGCAUCACGCUUGCAACGGGACUCCGCCCUGGUACUGCGCUGGAAGUACCUCCGCCGGUGCUACAACACCUUGCUGCUGAUGUUUGUGGGCAUUGCGGCUGUCGUGGGCGUCGCCAUCGCUACAGCCACAUGGUACGCUGGCUUUACCACUUCGGCCUGGCUGGAAGGACCCGACUCGGCAGCGUACAAUCUGGGUGCCUUCGCCUUGGUUGUCACUUGGGCUCGUGUCCUCUUCGGCACAGCAACCGUAGGAGCUGUGUGCUUCCGGUUCUUCGAUAAUGCAGAAGCCAAGGGAUCCUCAAGGGAGAACAGUAAUCGUAGAGAGAGCCAAGGAGCGGGAACAGAGAACAGAAAUAGAGACUCCUUGAGAAGAGACACAAUGUCUCUCGGUGCAAGCAAUCCUCCACGACAGAGGGAAAUGUCAGCCCCACUCGACUUUGUACGCUCCCGUCUGGCAUCGGUGCCCGAAAUCUUUGCGCCUCAACAAAGCAAUGUCCUGGAAAGUCCAACGACGAGCCGCAGAGGGGUGCUGUUCGAACUGGCCUCGCCGACCGCAAGUACUGGUGGGAUCAUGAUGUUGCCAUCUGAAGAGACCAAGGCCGCUUCGAGCUCGUCCGAGACGCCUGCAAAGACAGCCAAGCGGAUCUUGAGCAAUAUGGCACGUUCGCCCUCUAAAUCUUCUGAUAGGAGAGGCCGGAGUGACUUUGCUACAACGAGCUUUCCUCAGGAUGUCACACGAGGUACCAUCGAGGAGGACGACAUCGAUGACGUUCCAGUCUAUAAAACAAGCAGCCAGAUUCUGUAUCCAUACGGCUACCCAGCCUCCCCCCCUUCGGCUUACGACCCUGAGAGGCGCCGUGCAUCGUUCGCACCAGGUCCACCGCCUGAUCGAGCUCUGCCGACACCGGUCCAACGUGACAGCAAGCGGCCGGAGAGCGCGGGAAGCAGCAGUAGUAGCAUGACAUUCUCGCCAGAUCGGAGGAGAAGCAGUGCUACGGGCAUGACCCUCCGAGGCAGGAACAGCAUCACUGCGCAGGGGCAGAGGCGCGCGAGUGUUCACGCAGACCUGACUUCCUCGUCCAAUCCCUCAUUGCCCUCGUUUGGGCCACCUCAAGGACGCCGCAGAAGCUCACGGAGUGGCACAGAGGCUUCGUCACCGGCCAAACCAGGUGCCAGCAACGCACUCGCCCUCGAAGGCGUACUAGCACCUGCUGCUUUCUCAUCUCCUUCCCCAGCACCUCUCUUCCGGACCGAUUGGAAUGGCUUCACUGAAAAGACUUUUUUGGGCCACCAGGGCGGUUUGAGUCCACCGCCGCCUAAGCGACCUCAAGCUCCUGCAAUGACCACAAAUUCAUCACAAACGCGUCGGAAGCGCUCCUCGCGCACAUCCCCUCCCACGACCGCAAGUAGCGACGACACUGACUCUCAAUUCCGCUUGACACCUGGAGAGGACGGCUUGAUGACUCAAACAAUGAAGUCUGAAUCAGGUUCUUCGAGUCCAGACAGAGCCUCUCCGUCUGCAAAGCGCAAGCACAGGUCACGAGCAAGCCCGCCGGCCCCAAGUUCGCCUACGAAAGGAUCUGCAAAGAGCGCCCUGGAGAAGGGGGCCUCUAUGCCUCUCGAGUCACCUGUUGACGGAGAAGCUCGACAGCCAGUCACUGAUACCCCAGAGGAGAAGGCAACCGACAGCGCCAAUUCUUCGUACCACUUCUCUUGAAUCGGAGUUCAUCCUGUAUCAUGUUGAGCACACCACGCCUUCGUGGGCCACAUCGUCGAGCAAGCGUGCGAUUGUCGGCCCCCAUCUUGUCCGGUCUGCCAUGCUCGUUACCCCAAUUGGCUAUUUCUUCUGACUUGUACUUUAUUGCGCUUCCACUUCGUCUUCCGCUCUCUUUC